CUGUAGGCCUGCUCGCGUCUUGGUUUCUUUUUUUACCGUCAAAACUAUGCAAAUGACGCCAGACGUGAAGGCAGCUGAGGACAGAGACCAGUACGCUCCAAAAUGGCGAAUCGCAAGGACGUGGAAGAGGAGAUUUACGACAAGGUCGUGGAUCUGACAGAGUAUGCCAAACGGCAGCCAUGGUGGAACCGCCUUUUCGGAAAAAAUUCCGGCCCCAUAGCAGAGAAAUACUCAGUGGCCACACAGAUCGCAAUAGGUGGAGUGAGUGGAUGGUGUGCAGGUUACCUCUUCCAGAAGGUUGGAAAAGUUGCUGCUACAGCUGUGGGGGGCGGUCUUCUGCUGUUGCAGGUCGCUAACAACAGUGGCUAUAUCCAAGUGGACUGGAAGAGAGUAGAGAAGGAUGUCAACAAAGCUAAGAAGCAGUUAAAGAAGGGAACAGAUCAGGCAGGCCCUGAGCUCAACACGUUUGUUGAGAAGUCCAAAGAGUUUGUGAAGAAAAACAUUGUCGUCACAAGUGGCUUCAUCGGAGGAUUCCUGCUCGGCCUGGCGUCUUAGGGCCUGCCGAACGAAAGGAGUGUAUUGUUUUUCGUUUAUUUUUGUUGAUGUUAUGAAAAACUAUAGAGGAUAAUUAUAUCAUUGCUGGAGGGUUCUCAAGUGUUUUAACAGCAAACAACCAACAGAUACCAGUUUAGCGUGAAGCUCUGUGUUUCUAGAUAAGCUGCACUGCAAAUCCUUCUGUUUCUAACACCCUGUUUCCAACUGCUGUCCAUAAAGACGUGGGACUUAUUUAUUAGCUCAGAAUGGCCCUCUUGAAACACUCCAUUUUCAGCGCCAAAUAAUAAUACAUAUCAUAGAAAACGAAUUAAGAGAGCAGAGCCGGCAGAAUGUUUCUGUUUUGUAUGUAUUUAGUUACCAAAUGGAUGGUUGUUCCAGAAGGAGAGGUUUCCCACUGUUACUGUGCACAGUUUCUACAAAUAGACUUCAGUUCACCUUCACCUGGCAGGGAAUGCCUUUAGGAUUUUCCUUCAGUGCCACAGUUAAGUUUUUUCAGCUCCACGCAUCGUAAUCGUGUUCAGAGUGAAAACUUGAAGUUCAGCAUAAAAGUGCUGAUAGAUGAGGGGUCCUCGUGCCUCUGGAAGUGCUGCAUGUUUUGUGGGUUACACCAGCCUCUGCUGUCUCUUUUUUUAUGUUUAAUGUUUAGCAGUGAUUUCAUGCUGUAACUACUGAAGGUUGUUGUUUUACUAUUAUGUAAGUAAAUAAAAAUGCAUAAGUUGAA